GUUUUAGAUCAAUAAAUCUUUUAGGAUGGAACUUAUGCUAAAGCAUUACGCCGCAUCCUUAUAUCACCAAUUACGCAAAAUAUAUACCCACAAAAACUAAAAGCAAUAAAAAAAUGGGUUGGUUUGUGAGAGAAAGAAGGGGUGUAAGCUGGAAAGAGCAAACGCUAGAGUCAGUGGCGGCGCCGCCGUUGCCUUUGGUGGUGUUUCUUGGUCUGUUUAUUAUGCUGUUGUAUUUUGCAACUUAUUCAGAGUAUAAGGAGAAAGUUGAGAGAAGCAAAAUGGGGUUGAAACUCGGUCUCUUCUUGCUGCCGGUGGUGGGUGUUGUGGUGGUGAAUCUGAGCAUGUUCCACCGCAGGUGGUGGCGCAACACUUUCCCGACGUACCAGGCGGCGGCGGUGGAGGGAAGUUCGCCGUGGGGUUUGUUGCUCGUGCUUGGGCUGCUGCUUCUCAUGCUUCAUUACCAGUCCUCGUUCCACUCUUGGUUUCGAUCAUUUUAAUAAGAACUAUAUAUAUAAGGUCUGGUUAAUUUUCUUUUCUUAUUUUGAUAACUAGGAGAUCACUUUUGUUCGGUGUGUACUUAAUUUUUAAGUUCAGUGGGUUUAUACUAGCUAGUUCUCAUAAUAAGAAGCUUGGUUUUUGUGAGA